AGGUCUGCACUUGUGUGCAGGUUUAGGCUAGGGCACGCGCUGCAACUUCGGCGCAUGUACUGCAACAAAAACGACAUGCAUUAUUAUGAAGACAUUGAUGAUGAACUCAACUGCUAAGGCAUGAAGUGCUUAUUUCUCAUGUCCUGACGUUGUAGCUGUUGAUGAGCCGACAUCUGGAGGCCACAUCGGCCCUGAUAUGUGCACCUUCUAGAUCUCAGUUAUGCCCCUGUUUUACCCUCAUCCGGACUCGAUGAAGAGACCGGGAUGCCAAGUGGUUCGAGGACGAGGCGUGCGGCUGCUAGUGCGUGCUGCACGAUGGUUUUGGCUUGCGCCAUCAUCGAGAUCAUCAUCCACACCUUCGCCUACGUCUCCAACCUGCUCAUUUUCAAGACAGUCACUUCACUGCCGAAAAUGACGAAAGGCGGUCCAGCACGAACUGUCGGACCAGAUUAUCUAGAGCUUAUGCGUUUUGGGUAUAAAGCGCCGUUUUUCACAACUUUGUGCAGGCUAGUGUAGCAUGUCUGGCAGUAACAGUGUUUCUAGUAGCGUUUCCGGUUAAACUUUGUGCAAAGCCGAAGUCACGAGCUAGUCAGGGGAGUCCGGGGGCAGGUUCGGAUAGCGACAACAGAACGUUUGAAACGUUUGCACCAGUUGCGUCACAGCGCCCACGAUGUCUUAUCUUCGGAGUGCCCUUGCUGGUUCUCUCCGUAUUUGUUCUAUUCAACUUGCUGAACGGGUUCACUUAUUUGAGCUCGUUGAUGUAUUUGCCAGCCUCAAUAGCCGCAGCUAUCCAAAUGACGUGACCAGCAGUGAACUUGGUACUGAUUGCAUUGUUUCAACCAAAGAUGUGCUACAUCUGUGGGCGUGGCUGUCAGUGAUUCCCAUCAUUGCUGGUGGAGUCAUGGUAGCGACAUAAGACCCGGCGUUUUUUCGGGAGGAUACGAUGAUCCCGAGGCGAAGCAUACAGGAGUUGACUACGAGUAGUAUAGCCUUUGCGACUGUCGCUUUACUAACGAGAGCUUUGCGGAUUUUUGCUAUUAAUUUAGUCGCUG